AUGGAGAUGAUCAAUGCAAGAAAGAUAAAGACAGAAGAAGAACUCACAGAGAACAUCGGGCUUCCCGUGAAUGUGCUUGAGAAACACAGCCCUUGGCCAGCCUAUGUCACAUAUGUGUCCCCGAUGGUGAAAAGACUCGUUGAGAAAAGCAAAGCUAGAGAUCUGGAAUGCAUGCAAGCACUCGAGGAAAGCCAACGGACAUCGAGGCAGAGCAAACCAGCCAGCAUCACUCAGCUGAAAAGGAGAAAGUCACCUAAGUGCUCUGGAACCUUGGUGUUGAAGGACUUGGGGUCAGAGACCAUGUUAUCCAUGUGGAGCUCAUACUCCAUGCCGGCCAUGGGUCCUACCACUAUCUCAGAGCCAAGGCACUUUCAUACGGAUGCCAGAGAAAAUCCCACUGCAAACUAUAACAAGAUCAUCUUCUCUCGAAAACUCAUGAUGAAGAUGCUUCCAUACAGCUCCCUUCUAGCCAGCAAGGAGAAACAUUCAAAUAUUUAGCAGGGAGUCCCUGCAGUCAUCCCCCCCUCCCGCUCCUCCACCCAAGAUUGUACAGCAAUUAAGCUCCAUUUGUCGCAAAUUUCACUAUGUCCUUUAAAUGUGAACUUGCCCCUGCUUGUGCAGAGGUUGGCUUAGAUAAAUCAGAUCUGAAUGUGGGCUGUGGGUGGGCAGGUAUAUCCCCUCCAGCAUCAUAGUCAGAUGGGGUUGGGAAGCCCCACGCUCUAGUUCUUGCCAUAGAUGCUUAGAACCUGAGAGUGAAUGAGUCCCAGUCCAGGCAGGACACAGAAAUCACACCAGUUACUAUGCCAGAGAUAAUCUGAUAGAAAGAAUUUCUAACCAGGUAACUGAAAAUGUGGGAAGAGAACCCAAGGGUAUUAGUGGCGGUAG